UUCAGAAUGUCUGCGAGGCUCUUAAUCUGUCUGAUUGUCUGUGUUGGUGAAUCUACAGGCUCCGGUGGGCCAGUUACUGCAAUUGCUCCAGGGGAUGAUUUUUCUUUAAGCUGCCCCUCCAGCACUGGACAGGAUCGUUGGGAAGGACCUCAAUCUGACAACACAAUGAGAGUGAAUUUAAACAAGACAGAAUAUUUCCUUAUAAAGGACUUUAAAGCUCAGAAUGAGGGACAGUACGUCUGCCUCAAUGAAAAAAUAAAGUUGGAAAUGAAAGCAGCAGCAACAAAUGAUGAGUCAGUUUUGUUUCGAGCCAGUGAGGGAGAUUCACUCUUCCUUUUCUGCAAAGAUCUGAUCUCUUCAUCAUUAAACGCCACCUGGUCCUGGAGACCCCACAGCUCAGAUCAAAACAGCACCCUUCAACCGGACUCUGCUGGGGAACGGCUCCAUUUCAGAAAUAAGGACAAUGACUUUUCUUUAACCAUCUCAAAAGUAGACUGGGGCGACUCUGGGAGAUAUGAAUGUCAACGUUUCAGCAGUUCAUCUCAAUACAAGACUUUCUUUGAAGUUGUGGUGGUGAGAGCUCGUGCCGACCCUCAGCAGCUAACUGAGGGGGACGACGUCACAUUACAGUGUGAAAUUUCUCAUCACCUGCCGAACACACGACUGUACUGGAUCAACAUGCAAACCCAGGAGAACUUUCCAAACCCACAUCAGCUGAGGAACGUUACGCUGGGCCAGAGGAACUGGGUGUGUGCUGUGUUUAUCGGCUCCAAACUAAAAGCACUUUUUCCAUUAACUCUCAACAUUUACCAGCACCUCACCACCACGAGAUCAACUCCAGCUACUCACUAUGAAAAUAUGGGUCCUGGCCUUUUUCAGAAACACUUCACCUUGAUCAGCGUCUGCUCUGUAUUCUCCUUCCUCCUCCUAGUCCUGAUCGGUGCUGUGUACUGGAGAAAAAAGACUAAAGAGAUGAUGCAGUCGUCUAGUGUGAAUGACAACAUUACGUAUGCAGCAGUGAACUUCAGGCAGAAAUCAGAGAGGAUGCAGUCGUCUAGUGUGAAUGACAACAUUACGUACGCAGCAGUGAACUUCAGGCAGAAAUCAGAAACUCCUGCUGUUCCGUUCCCUGAGUUCUCAUCAAAUUCUGUGAGUAAAUGCAAAAAUUCUGGCCACGUUGAAGAAAAGGAAGUCAUCUAUUCAUCUGUCAAAUUAGGGUAAAUUAAUUAUGGGAGAGUUUUAGUGUGAAUGUAUGAAUUUAGAAUGUAAAUUCUGCUUAAUUCAUUAACAUAUUUGUAAUUUUAGAGUUUUACAUCCUCUUAGUUACUUGCUACGACACCAGUGUUUAAAUUCUUUCUUUUUUCUUUAAGCCCUGUCAGGAAUUUUAGACAGGCACAGUGACCAACACUGUCUGUUAUAGAAAAGCAGAAGUUGAGAAACUGGUUUAUUACUGCAAAAAUGAAAAAAAAAAAAAAAAAAAAAAAGUCAGACCCAACAAUUUAAAGUCCUCUUUCUCUGCAUUAACAAACCGGGUGAGUGUCCACUACUUUAGACCAAAACAAAGUAUAACUGCUAUACUGGAAAAUUAAAUAUAGGAUACAUUUGACUCAAAAAUAAUGAUUUAACAAGUGCCUGCUGGACACUCUAAUUAUCUUUAGUAUUUACAAGAAUUUCCAGUCAAAUGCGGUGCAAAUAAAUGCAUUUUAUCUUUGUUCAGAAGGUUUUGUCUCAUUUAAACAGAUACAGCUUAUUCAAAACACAGCAGCUCGAAUGGUCACAUAUUACUGCAGUAUUAUGAUCCCACACUGGCUCUCAGAACUGAUUAUAAAAUGCUGCUGUGUCCACAAAUCACUCAGUGACACAGAACCAAAAUACAUGUCCAAUCUACUGAGAACCUAGCAGGCCUCUCAGACCACUCAGACUGGGAGUGCAGAGAACUAGAACCAAGCAGUGAGGCAGAACAGAGUUCUUUUGCUGCCCAAAGCUGGAACAUGCUGACAGAUGAACUUGGAUAGAUCCAGAUCUGACCACUUAUUCUUUCCCAUGCUUUAGCACUUUGCACUUCUUAAUUAUCUGGUUUGAGCUUCAGUCAGAUUUUAUUCUUGAUUUUAAGUGAAAAAAGUGAACACAUCCUCUGCAGAGAACACACUGAAAUAUGACAUUUUCCUACAAAGUUGAUUAGCACACAAUUUCUAUUCAUUUGCUGAGUUUAACAUGAAAAAUCUAAUAUAAAAUAUUAAAUGUACCGUAAUUUUUGCAAAGACCACAAGACCACAUUUUAUGCACUGUGCAUUAAAAUGUGUGUUCUCUGUGGAAGAUGCGUUAUUUUCAAAUCAACAAAAUAUGAAACAGGGGCCCUUAAACAAUUUCUCAUGAUUAUAUCUAAUUUGUCUUAUAUUUUCUUCUCAUGGAAUUAGCUUUGUGUCUGAAAUGUACCAUAUAA